GUGGAGCGACUCCACCGCGUUUUGUGCGAGCGCCGUAGGUGGCAAAGAAGGCAAAGUAGACGUAUUCUUAGGCAGGAGAACGUCCACAGCUUGUGAAGAACUAUUGAGCAGUAGUUUCAAAGUGUGGUUUUCAUGUCGAACGUAGGAUCGCCUAGGCAAAGAGCGAGAAGGAAGAGGGGCAAUGAGAGAGCCUACGGAAGAACUAUCCAGUCUAUUUAGAGGUAUAGCGGCGCAGUAUCAGAAUACUGAGGCGGGCGCCUACACUCUAUCAGUGGACAGAAUCUGGGAAAUUACGGGCAGAGCUUGGAAUAUCCCGAAGUCCGAAACACGAAAACCCCCUUGUAGUGACAGACCUUGGAAUCCUACUAGUGGGGGCCACUCGGGGCUUACUUCUCAUUAUUCGAAACCUUGUCAAUACCUAGUACAGUCUCCCCCCCUGCUCGGUUCGUACACCUCUGUGCACGACAAGGGUUUUUACAGUGCAAAUCACCCCUGUCACGCACAGAGGUGUACGAGCCGAGCAUGGGGGGAGACUGUAGUUCAACCCUUGCGCCAGCUCCGUCUCUGCCCACAGAAAAUCAGGCGUCCUACCCUUGAAUCUUGGCGGAGAGCUUCAUGCUCAGGAGAUCUACGCCGUUGUUGCUUCUCCGCAGCUAUGGGGGCAUUUGGACAACGCAAAAGCUAGGUGAAAGAUCGAUAUGCUAUAUAGCUCCACAUGGCCAUUGCUUGCCGGGAUGUUGGUACAUACAGCCUCUCUUCACGUCCGGUGGUCUAGCGCUAAACUGAGUCGAUCCUGGUAUACCUCUUUUCUGGGCUAGUACUUAACCGGCUUGAGGAUUGAUUGACUGGUAUGUUGCUAUUCCCCCUGAAGGCACCCGGAGCUGCUCCCUUAUACGGUAAGUCUGUGGCUUGAUAUUAGAGAGCGACCGCCGGACGUGAAGAGAGGCUGUACACAAAACCUG